CUCCCUUUCCGAGGGAGAAGCCAGCCCAGCCUGUGACCCCCUCCCUCCCUCCCUCUUCUCGCCUUCCUUCUCGCAGGAACUUUGCGCUCCGGCCAACUUCGCCUUGCAGCGGCUUCUUCCGUCUCCUUCCUUUCUUUCCAGCCGCAGAGCCGCCGCCAAGCCCAUGGAGAGGCAUUUUCUCCUCCUCCUCCUCCUCUAGCUGCGCCUGGGGAUCCCGCCCCUGCUCUGCCUUUGUCUGCGCUGCUGCUGCUAUGAGGAGGUCUACAAUGAUAAAUGGACUUGUGAUAAUUUCUGUACUAGUGAUGGUGUUCUUUCCUUCACCCAGCAUGGAAGAUGAUGAGCUCAAACUAGUAACGGACUAUGAAUGUGUGUGUGAAGGGAUGUCAUGUGGAAAUGGAGUCCGCUGCAGGGGCCAUCAGUGCUUUGCCUCUCUGAGCAUCAAUAAUGGUGCUAAAGUAUCCCAGAAGGGGUGCUUCCGAGUCUAUGAGCAAGGGAAGAUGACCUGCAAAACUCCACCAUCCUCUGAUCAAGCGGUGGAGUGCUGUCAGGGAGACCUGUGCAACAUGAACAUCACGGCACAGCUGCCAACAAAAGGGCAACCAAUUCAAGGAGAAGCAGUGGGUUACACCGUGGAAAUGCUUAUUCUUUUUGUACUGGCUGCGGUUAUGAUGCUGAUAAUACUUUCUGCACUAUUGGUGCUAUUCGUCCGGAAAGUGCAGCAGCGCUAUUUGGAAAGGUUUAAUUCAAGGGAUGCAGAAUAUGGAACCAUCGAGGGACUCAUAGCCUCAAACGUUGGCGACAGCACGCUGGCAGACUUGUUGGACCAUUCCUGUACAUCUGGGAGUGGUUCUGGCCUUCCAUUUCUGGUACAAAGAACAGUCGCUCGCCAGAUCACACUGCUGGAGUGUGUAGGGAAAGGCCGAUAUGGAGAGGUCUGGCGAGGACAUUGGCAAGGAGAAAACGUGGCAGUCAAGAUCUUCUCUUCCCGAGAUGAAAAAUCCUGGUUCAGGGAAACAGAGUUAUACAAUACAGUGUUGUUGAGGCAUGAAAAUAUUUUAGGCUUUGUUGCCUCAGAUAUGACUUCUAGGAACUCGAGUACUCAGUUGUGGCUAAUUACACACUACCAUGAGAUGGGCUCUUUAUACGACUACCUACAGCUCACUACUCUGGAUACCGUGAGCUGCUUACGAAUAGUCUUGUCCAUAGCUAGCGGCCUUGCGCAUUUGCACAUAGAGAUAUUUGGGACCCAAGGGAAGCCUGCCAUCGCACAUCGGGAUUUGAAGAGUAAAAAUAUCCUGGUGAAAAAAAAUGGGCAGUGUUGCAUAGCAGAUCUAGGCCUUGCAGUCAUGCACUCCCAAAGCACCAACCAGUUGGAUGUGGGGAACAACCCUCGUGUAGGUACCAAGCGGUACAUGGCUCCAGAGGUCUUGGACGAGACCAUCCAGGUGGACUGCUUCGACUCAUACAAAAGAGUUGACAUUUGGGCAUUUGGACUCGUCCUUUGGGAAGUGGCCAGGCGCAUGGUUAGCAAUGGUAUCGUUGAAGAUUACAAGCCUCCAUUUUAUGAUGUAGUUCCUAAUGACCCUAGUUUUGAAGAUAUGAGAAAAGUAGUCUGCGUGGAUCAGCAAAGGCCAAACAUUCCCAACAGAUGGUUUUCAGAUCCUACGUUAACUUCCCUUGCCAAGUUGAUGAAAGAAUGCUGGUAUCACAAUCCAUCUGCCAGAUUAACAGCUCUACGCAUCAAAAAGACCUUGACCAAAAUUGACAAUUCCCUAGAUAAGCUCAAAGCUGACUGUUGAAAAUACAUGACUCGGACAAAGACUUAAAGGUUGUGCCCUGCCUGGAACUACAGCAUGAGGAAUUCUAGGAUUCGAUCUUAUGUGGCUUCAGGUCUAGAUGAAGUUGUUUACCUGAACCAGUCGUUUGAGGGGAAAUGGAACCAUGGGAGCCUCCGUUGGUGACUGUCCACCAUGUUCUGCAAAUGACUGGUCUCUAAAGACAAUGCUGAAUCUCUUGUGGCCUAUGGGAGGAAGACAGUCCUAAGACAAACCUGGGGCAUUACAACCGUGGCUUUUAAAUGUGGCUUUUUAAAAAAUUUCAUAAAAAGAAACAAAACGAAAAGUGUUUCCUUGUUGCUCCCAAGUUUUAAAACACGUGGAAGCGGUCAAUUCUAAUCAACGACAUUGCCUGCGCUUUGUUUCUUUAUUGCACUAGGGAUUCUUUGCAUUCCUUACUUGCACUGUUACUGUUUGGUUUGAAAGACAUGACUUGCCAAAAAAAUGGGAUUGGCUGCCGUACUCAUUGAUCUGUGUCCUUGAAUAGUGGGAAGUCAACAUGGGGAAUUGAAUUUGUAACUGACUCUCUUUAUCUUUCUCUCUUUAAUUUUUGUUAAGCUGCAUUUUACAUAUGUGUACUGUUUACAAUAUUGCUGGACACUAGGAAUUAUUGUUUAUAAGGAAACUUGCAGAUUUUAUUUAUUAGCCAUGCACUUAAUGUUUUUUUAAAAAAACUGAGAAAAAGUGCAAACAGUUAAAAGCUUAUUUUUAUGUGGCUUCUAUCAUUAUUUCUUACAGACUUUUUUUUAUUGUGACAUGGUUAUAAUCUGAAACAGUCUCACUUCUCUCCCCUUCCCUCCACCCAUGUUAUCAAUUAGACAUUUUAAUCACCCUUUAAGUGCUUCACAUUUUAUAUGCGUGUGGUCUGUAACAUAUAUUUUCAGUUCAAAAUAUGCAGAACAUUUAUAUAUAAAUAUUAUUAUUAUUAUAUAUCUAUAUCUCACAAAUAUAAAAACCAUUACCCAAAUGAUGCCACAUCUAGUACCUUAUUGAUCUUCUAGAGGAGGGGAGCAACAAAGGAAAAUUGGUAGAAUUGGUAGAUCUUAUGGGAAAGUGCAUUUUUUCUUCUACGCUAUAUAUGAGAUGCUUUUAAACUUUGUCGGGGGGAAAGUUAUUUUUUUAAUUUUACUUUUUGUAUUUAGCAGUUAUUUGUACAAAAGAGAAUAUUUUCAUGUCAAACAAAUGGAAGUGCUCCCUAGUUCUGUUAGUGCCUCUUAACGGCUAAAGGGAAACGCCGUACAGUUUUGCAUCACCAGCAUAUAUCAGCGUAUGAUUCCUGACUUUUACGAUGUUGGCAAGUCAGAUGUCGUGCCAACAGACCUGAGUGGUAGGUGGAACUUCACUAAGGAAGUCCAGGACAAUCCUUUGUACCUGAGAUGAUAAACUCCUGGAGAUGUGACCUCGAGAUGAUAUGAAUUCUUGUGUGAUGAUGAUGAUGUAUGGAUCAUGUUGUUCUCACCAUGUGUUUUUUAAUCUUGAGUUUCCUGAGUAAAAAAAAUUGAUCCCAGUGCCUUGCCUUGCCUUAUACUGCGGAAGUGGUUCUCCCCUUGGAAUGCCCAUAGAAAAAAACAGGAAUGCCGAAUCUUGAUUGUGGCUGGUUUACAUGCUUUAAACUAUCUAAGUGCCACAAACUUGUUGAAAAGCAAGCUGGACAAGCUUUAUUUCCAAUGGAUUUGUCUUAAAAGAGCCAGGGCAUUUGUGGCUUCUCUUUUGCCUGCUCUCUCUCUUAUGUCCUUCAACUGCCUUAAUGGGAAGAGUAUGCAAAGAGUAUCGUUCUCUUAGACGAAGCAAUGUUGUUUGUUCACUGAAUGAUGAAUUUUUGGCCUAGGUAUGUAGGUCACGAGUUUCUGUUCUGAAGUAUCUGUAAUCUUUCAUUCGAAUCUUCAGUGGAAUCUGCAUAUUAUUGCUGGAGUUCGUAAUAUAGCCAUGUGGACCCAAAGCAUCAAAAGGUAAUGUCUAAACUGAUUGAACAUAUUGGCUUGAUCUCUCACGUGAAAAACUCCCAUGUAUGAAGAAAUGUGACAAAACCUGUUAGCUUAGGUUUUGUGUUCAAGUAAUUUUUGAACAUAAGGGAUUAUAAUUUUGAUUUUACAGUAUUUUGGAAGGGCAUGAUAGUCUUUUCUGCAUGCCAAAAGCUCAAAUCCUUUCACACAAUGUAAGUGUAGUGCUGUACUUCCACUUGAACUGCUUUAACUCAAUCCUAUGAAAGGCUGAGCUUUGUAACCUAGUGAGAGGCACCAGAGGAGAUCUCUGGCUCCUCCCUAAACUGCAAAUCCCAAUAUGUUGCCAUGGCAGUUCAAGUGAGAUAAUAGCACUAUAAUUAUGUAGUGCGGCAGCUUUCUUGAUUUUCUUGCACAUUCUUGAUUUUCCAACACAUUAAGGCAACUGGCACAGGUAGGGAAAAGUCAUCUUGGGGAAAGUCCAAGGAACCUUAGAGUUGAUGUAUGCGUUCCUGAAACUUUUGGGUUUUUUAUAUUUCCCUGCUUUUGAUAUGCAGUUCGUUGUUUUUGUGGAGAGAGAGAGAUGGCUUGUCCAGAUAAUUCUGUUACGUAUUUGUUUUUUUGGUGAAAAUUUAACCAAAUAAAAAAGUUUAAAGUA